CUCAUUCAGUUGCGACAGACGAGUAGCCACUAAGUGGCUGAAGAUCGUUUUAUCGGCGCCACUUCUUCGUAACUGAGAGACGCAGCGUAUUCGUCUGCGCUGAUAAGGUGUAAUCAGCGCAGGCGACCUUUCCACCGAAGCCAAAGGUAGGAAUCGACACACCAGUGUGUUAACGCGACGGUGAUUCGUGCGAACUCGUUACGGCGAUGUCUCUUAGCGGUCGCCUAGCCCUAGUGACUGGAGCUGCCAGCGGCAUCGGCGAAGCCGUCUGCCGGGUGCUGGCCGAAGAAGGUACCGCUGUGGUAGUCGCCGACAAGCAGCUCGAGGCUGCAAGGCAAGUCGUCGCCUCUCUUCCAGGUGACGCAAAGCAUCAGGCCGUGUACGUGGAUGUCGGUGAUUCGGCUUCUGUGAAGCACCUGUUUGACAACAUCAAAGACACAUACGCAGCACUGCCUCUAAGCACCGUCGUCAACUGCGCUGGAAUUGGCGGUUUAGUGCCUAUUCUGGACUGUAGCGAUGAAAUUUUCGACGACUUCAUCAGAGUCAACCUCAAGGGCACUUUCCUGGUGACGCGGGAAGCAAGCCGCUACAUGCUUCGCUCGGGUCAGCCGAUGCCCGAAGGAGGCGCAGCCAUCGUAAACGUCGCGAGCAUCUUUGGCAAGAGUGGCCAAGAAAAUGCAGCUGCGUACUCCGCUUCCAAGGGCGGCGUCGUAGCAAUGACCAAAUCGGCAGCGCAGGAACUGGCACCACACGGCAUUCGUUGCAACGCCGUGCUUCCGGGCUGGACUGAGACCCCGAUGACCGCCCUUGUACCUAAAGACAUGAGAGCCGAGGCGAUUGCUUCGACGCCGCUUAAGAGAACUGCUCAACCGCGAGAGAUCGCGGAAGCCAUCAAAUUUCUGUGCUCGCCAACCUCGAGCUCGUUCGUCACGGGUGCCGCGCUCGAAGUUACAGGAGGAUGGCGUAUGUGAUAUC